GGGAGAUUGCAGGACGCCAUCUUUAAACCCCACAACAGGGCCAGCUACAGUCAAACACCGGGAUGAAAAACACUGUCCCUGCCGCGGGAUACAAGUUCCUAUUGCGGGGACUGUGUAGUUAUUUUCCGUUGCAGUGAAAAACAAGGAAUUAUCCGGUGGAGUCGUGGGGAGAUGAUUACGAGAUACUGCGACAGCCUCAAAAUGUUGUUAUGAUAGACAGACAAUAACAAUAGACGGAAAGACAACAACGGACAGGCUCACUAGCAUUUCGCUGAGUACUACGCUGUCUCCAUUGCUAGCUACAAGCUAGCUGGUUCACUAGCAAAUCUGUCCGGUCGCGCUGAAAUCUGACCUGGACGGUGUUAAUAGCGGACGCUGGGUAUCCAGCUACAUCAAGCGUGACAGGCGGUCACAUAUUUGCCACUUCACAACUGCCUUAUCGCUGGUUUUGUUUUAGGUUGUAGCCUCAGCUAGCUAAAAGCUAAGUCCCGACUUCUCCCCCUCCCCAGCGGCCCAGCCGGAGAUGCAUGGAAGAUGUCGGUGUCGGGGCUGAAGGCCGAGCUGAAGUUUUUGGAGUCCAUUUUUGAUCCAAACCACGAACGCUUCAGGAUCAUCGACUGGAAACCUGACGAGCUAAGCUGUCAGUUUAAUGUAACUGGGGAAAAGCUUCUUAUUAUCCACUGUAACAUAACGGAAUCCUACCCAUCUACCCCGCCAAUAUGGUUUGUGGACUCUGAUGACCCGAGUUUGGCGCAAGUUUUGGAGAGGUUGGAGGAUGUGAGGAAAGGCAACACUCUGCUUUUGCAGCAAUUGAAGAAACUCAUUUGUGACCUUUGCCGGCUGUACAACCUCCCCCAACAUCCCGAUGUGGAGAUGCUGGACCAGCCCCUGCCUGCAGGCCCUGUGGGACUAGACCGAAAGCACGGGACAGAAGAGGUCACUUCUGAAGAAGAGGAAGAGGAGGAGAUGGGAGAAGACAUAGAGGAUCUGGACCACUAUGAAAUGAAAGAAGAGGAGCCCGUGGAUGGAAAGAAAUCUGAGGACGAUGGCAUAGAGAAGGAGAAUCUAGCCAUCUUGGAGAAGAUCAGAAAGAACCAGAGGCAGGAUCACUUAAAUGGAGCCGUGUCUGGUUCAGUGCAGGCCUCUGACCGCCUGAUGAAGGAGCUCAGAGAGAUCUACAGGUCUCAGAGUUAUAAGACAGGCAUCUACUCUGUUGAGCUUGUUAAUGACAGUCUGUAUGAAUGGCACGUCAAACUAAGGACGGUGGAUCCUGACAGCCCAUUGCACAGUGAUUUACAAGUGCUGAAGGAAAAGGAAGGAAUGGAUUACAUUUUACUAAACUUCUCAUAUAAAGAUAAUUUCCCGUUUGAUCCACCCUUUGUCCGGGUAGUUUCACCUGUGCUCUCUGGAGGUUAUGUUCUUGGAGGAGGUGCCCUGUGCAUGGAACUUCUCACCAAACAGGGUUGGAGCAGUGCCUAUUCCAUUGAGUCUGUCAUCAUGCAGAUCAAUGCCACUUUAGUCAAAGGAAAAGCCAGAGUGCAGUUUGGAGCCAAUAAAGUAAGUGAGAACCAGUACAAUCUUGCCAGAGCACAGCAGUCCUACAAAUCCCUUGUUCAGAUCCAUGAAAAGAACGGCUGGUACACACCCCCUAAAGAGGAUGGCUAAAACAGACUAUUGCCUUUCCUGCGCCGGGACCACAUGUCUUAGAUUUUUCUUUUUCUUGUGACCAAUAUGUUUUUUAAUCAUGCAAACCAUUUUGUUCUCUUCAUGAGAGUUUGAAAUCCAAACCAAAUUCCCCCCUUUUUUCAGUUACCACCCAGAUAACUAGCACAUAAACUGUCUCGCAUACAUUCACUCACCCAAUCUGACAUCCAAGUUCAUCGGCUACCCGCGAGGAUGUCUCCUCCCCUGAUAUUUAUCUCUCUGUGCAUCUGUUGUCUGAUACAAUCUAUUUUUUUUUUUUUUUUUCCAUUGCGUCAUUCAUUCUGUACUCCCAAGAAAAUGAUGGAAGAACAGCACGCAAAACUCACCCUUUUGGUUUUGGUGUUGAGCAUGUCCAGGCUACUCGCUGGCUGCGAUUUGAAAGGUGGAGCAUGGCUUUAUCCUCCAGCAGUGGACAGUUCCUCUGUGGCCACAGACUGGAUCUGAGAAUGGCAUGCGACAUUCCCUGAUAUGAUACAGUGGGGGGCUGGGAAGGACACUUACAUGCCGGUGGUGGGAAGGACCACUGCCUUUUCUCUCCAUGGAUGACUUCUGUAAUAUUGUGCUCAUAUAUUAUCUUUGUGAUGCCAAGAUUCCUCGUCUGGAAUAACAUGCUUCUGAGGCUAGCUUGCUUUUAAACCUCUUAUCUCCUAAAGCUCGAGGCCUUGAGGUGAGGAGGGGGAAGAAGAAGAAGAGACUUUUGACAGCCUUGGUGAAAUAAUUCAGAACAGCAUCUAAAGAUGACGGCCACUGUCGUCUUCAUAACCAGCAGCUUGGACCGCUUCCCUGCUGGAGAGAUCUGCUGUGUGUGUGUGUGUGUGUCUAGACUGGCAACAGGAGAAAUAUGGCCAGGCAAAGCACAGGUGUGUUUGGAUAAGAUCUCACUGUAAUGUAGUUGAUUUUAACUUCACAUGUAAACAUGUAAAUUUGUAUUUCUGCAAAAAAAUUUAAUUGUUUAUAAUGUAACCUUGUCUGGGUCUUUGACCAGGUAGAGACUGUAUUACUAUAUUUCCCCCUGUGUAUUAACUGCAGGGGCACUGCAACCUCUUGACCCAUUUAGUAUAAGACAAAGGUUGUUUGAUGUAUGCUCUUGCAGCAGAAAACACAAGUACACCAUGUUCUUAUGUAAGAUUGAUGACUACUGCAGUUUUGUUCUUUUUAUUUUUUUUUUAUAUUGAUUUAUAAUCUUCAUGUUAUUGGCAACAAUGACAGUACCAUUCCCCUUUAUCCGAUAGCACCUCUUCACAGCAAUGAACAUGACGACAAUGGCAUAGACGCAGCCUUCUCUGGUAUUCCAGAUGUUAGGCCAUCCACAUCCGAUCUCUCAAACCGGACGAACCUCAGUAAGGCUAUGCAGUGAAGACUCGGUCCUGUGGAGUUUUGUCGUACCUAAGAAAAUGAUUCUUAAAAAGCUCAACAGUAGUAGUCGCCUGCUUUAGUUCUUGUAGCUGGUUCACAUCCCAACCCCUUCGCCAAUCCUACGAGUCUGAGAAGAAAGUGACCUUUUACCUUCUGACUUUGACUUGACCUCGUCGCUGCAAAACAAAAACCCUGCAGCUACAACGUUACAAAUUCACAGCAAUAGUCUUUAAACAUUUACCUUCUGGCCUCACACCUGGGAAGAUCGACUGGAGUCUGUUCCAUUUCCAGAAUAUUUGUUCAGGUUUUAUAAAUAUUUGUUCAGAUUUGUCGCAGGAGAGACCCGGCUCUUCCCAUCACCACCUCCGUGGUUACUAUUCCUAACCACUCGCAGCACCGCUGUUCCCCCUCAGCGUGCUGGGUCUUUGAUGUAAUGUGAAUUAUAUGCAGAAAACUGUGUGGAGCAUUCCAAUUAAUGCAGUUACAUGUUUAUUGUGGGUGUUCUAUCGUGUGGUUAUUUGUAUAUUGUCCUGAUAAACCAGCAUUGAAAGCUUAGUUAUGCUAAUUCACACAGUCAUUCCUCAAGUUUCACCACCUGUAGGAUUUCUUUGGUGAUACUAACCUCAGUCACAACACCAGGAGAGAUGGGUGUAAAAUAGCUUGUUCAUUUUCAGCACUUUUUUUUGACUUUGCUUUUUUGUUGAGGUUUUUAGCUUGCAGGGUUGAACAAGUGUCACCAUCCUUUUUCUUGUUUCACCACAACCAAAAUUUUAACAUGACUGUGGCUCAUUGUAAUGGUUGUCCACUGUUGUGAUACCGUUGCUUAGGUACUCAUCGCUUCAUUCUGGUCACAUUGUCGAGUGCAACCCACCCCCCCACCCCCCCCCCCCCCCCCCCCGCCCUGCAUUCUCUGGAGAAGCAAACUCAGGAAUACAUACGGCUCACGUGCUAAUUGAUUGCUUCAGAAUAAUUGUCUCAAAACGACGAGAUUUAAUGUGUUAAUUUUUUUUGGGUCAUUUAAUAAAUGACGCCCCAGUUUUACCAGUAGAGUUACAGUGUGUUUUGCUGUUGAGUUGCCCACGCUUAGAUUUCCUGAAUGCUAUUGAGGUCGAUGAUAAUCGUUCAGCAAGUUUGUUGGAAUGACCAGAUCGUGUGAGUAAGGACUUGCUCCCACCAUCAUGUGCUUAAUCAGGGGUUCAGAGCACAUCUGCCCUGUGUCUUUGAUAUUGCUGUAUUUUGCAUGUCAAUAUAUCAAUGGGUGUUCCCCCCCCCCCCCCGCCAAGCUACUGAAGGCAAAGAGUUGUUUAAUUGGCUGGUUUGAACAGAGAAGACAAGUAUCCCAUUUUUAUUUUUUUCCCCUUGAGUCGUUGACGUCAGUGCAUGGGAUGUUUCCCCCUGUGCGUUGUUUAUUGAACCAUGUCAGAUAAUAUAUGAGACACAAGGACUUUACAGACAUCAUACCUGCUUGGAAAAACCUUAACGAUAUUCCAGGGUUCCCAACAACAGUAGCCAUUCAGUAGUUGUGUGCCGUCAGAGACGGAUGGAAACCUACAUCUUUAACCUGAUCUUUGGAGUAACGCAGCACUCAAGUCUGUUACGCACUGAAUAACAGAAUUACUUGUCACACCGAAAACAAGCGUAACUAACACAAACCCUCUCUGCUUUAGCGAGCGACGCAUUAGUUUGAGGUCUGCCUGUUUCUGGGUUCUUUACCUUGCUUCAUUAACAAAGUUGGCCGGGUUAUAAAGUUAUGCACUGUUAGCAUGCUUUGGUUUGGUUUCUUUUUUAAACAUUGCAAGGGUGAUUUUGACCAUGUAAAGUAAUUUGUAAACUUGCAUCAAGUUUAUGAAUAAAGAAUUUUAUGAAAUAGCU